CUGGAGCAGUGAGGGCUCGCGCUGGUGGGCGGAGCCGGGUUUGUUAUUAAAGUGUGCUGAGUCGAGUGAGGGGCCGCAGUGAAGAUGGACUCCUGCGAGUUUUGGGUCCCGGUUGUACGCCGCACCUGUAAAAUAAUCGUGCUCGGAGACGCCGGUGUGGGAAAGACGAGUCUGACUCAGCUGUACUGCACCGGACACUUUCCCGAGAAAACCGACUCCACCAUCGGCGUGGACUUCCGGGAGAGACUGCUGCACGUGGGGGGCGAGAAGAUCAAGGUGCAGUUGUGGGACACGGCAGGUCAGGAGCGUUUUCGGAAGAGCAUGGUACAGCACUACUACCGCAACGUACACGCUGUCGUCUUUGUCUACGACGUCACUAAUGUGGCCUCGUUCCGCAGUCUGCCCCUCUGGAUGGCGGAAUGUCAGCAGCACUUGCUUGGACCAGAUGUACCCCGCGUGCUCGUGGCAAACAAGGCCGACUUGGUGACCUUGAGCGUGGCCUCAACCAUUGAGCAAGCACAGCACUUAGCUGAGGUCCACUCAAUGCCCUUCUACCUCUAUUCAGCUAAAGGUGGCAGCAGAGAGCAAGUGGAUGCCAUCUUCAGCAAACUGGUACAGCAGAUCAACAAGCAGAGAGGGAAACGAGCAGAGGCAGUCAAGAGUUUUAAACUUGCUCCAAAAGCCAAUGCCGAGGAAGAGAAAAAGAAGAAAUGGACCUGCAACUGCUGAUGGAGGGAUGACGGGUGAAACGAGGACAUACUGGCAGCCUCUGGCAGUCUUUUAUUCCAGACUUCCCCUGUACUCCAGGACUGUUUUUGACACAUCCUUGCUGAUUUCUCAUCAAGACUCUGAAGUGCAGAACACCUGCAUUUCAUCAGAGGAAAGAGAAUUGCGCUUGCCCUUGGCAGCAAGAGCCGUGUAGUUGAACUGACUUCCUUUGCAAUUUGCACAAAUAUAUUACAUCACAGAAGCCUCUUGUAUAUUGCAUUUCUGUCUUUUCAGCGUGCCAUUCAAAAGACUUUCGUCAAACUGAUACAAAUCAUGUCUUUUAACAAUAUAAAAUAACCUUUAUCCUUGGCUCAAACCUUUUAAUCGGUGUUGGAGUUUUAUGGAAUCAAUUUUGUGCCAAAAU